GGUGCCCCUCUGUUGAGCAUUUGGUCUCUGUGCCGGCAAAGACAAAACUUGUUCUGCGCGAAAACACUGAAUGGAUCGCGAGGGUCUCGCGAGUCCACCUUGCCGCUCCCAUCCGCAGAGUGUCGGGGUUGACGCUGGUCUGUGCCGAGUCCCGAAGCCCUUCUGCGUUCCUUGACAGAUGCGCGUUUCAGUGUGUGCUUUGCUUUGAAGAAAGAGGAGUCAUUCUCACGCUCACGUCGGCCAAGAGACUGGUUUAAUGUCUGGGCAUUUCCGCUCGACUUUCAAUGGCAAAUACAGGAAACAACAGUGUCAACGGACAUGCAGAGAGCAACCACAAAAACAACGGGACCCGGGAGACAGCAGAGACCGGCGAACGCGCGCCCGAGAGUGGAAUGGAGCUUUCUUCGUCAAGUCUGACUGACCUGUGGAACACACGACUUCCUUGUCUGCUUCCUCGGCUUCUGCAUUGGCGUGGACGCUCCAUCGUGCCCUCCUUGUAGAACUUGCCUCAAGGGUCCCCGCUGCGUGACUCUCACGUGUCUGCUGGUCGCAGUUCUUCUCGAAGAAGAUCACUCGUCUCCGUUGCCCGGAACAUACGCGUCUCGCUGACUCGCGCGGAGUCGACGGAAGCGGCGACGGCCUCGUCGCGUGCACCUCUCCAAGGCCGGUUUCGCUUCUGUCUGAGCUUGCGCCUGGCUAGCCACAGUCGACCCUGUGUACGUACACCCGAAGACUCCGCCCCCCGCCGUCGACCUCUGGACUCACAAUGGAGCCUUCUACAGACGCAUGCAUCCAUCGCUUUUCCGCAUCCAUCCCUCCGUUUGACCCUUUUGCCUUGUCUGCGGGAAACCCGCAAUCUUUCGCGCGCAUGCUGCGUGCUUCCAGGGGAGAAAACGCUUCGCGGCCUGCAGAUCUCCCACCCCCCAAGACGGCAGAGGACCACCGGCACAAACUGCGCAUCUCUCCCCUGCCAGAACCUUCCCAUGCGAGUGCCUCUCCGACGUCUCGUUCCCUCAGUUUUAAUCCAGGGGCGAGUCUUCAAGCGCUCUCUCCCCUUUGCAUUCUGUGCUCAUUUCGCGUCACCACGCUGAGUCCCCAUUCUUUCUCGUCUUCUUCCCUCCCUGCUUCUUCCUCUCCUUCCUCAUCCGCUUCUUCCUCUCCUUCCUCAUCCGCUCCUUCUUCCCUCUCUUCCCCUUCUCCUUCUCUCGCUGCUUCGUCCUCUCCUUCUUCCCUCUCUUCGUCCUCUCCUUCUUCCCUCCGUCCUUCCUCGUGUGCUUCCUCUUCCUCUCGUUUCUUUCUGAAGGCUCGAUGUCCGUCGGGUCCUUUUGGAGUUCCUUCCGCCGUUCGUCGUCCUCCUCAGUCCUUCCCUGUCUUCUGCCAGUCACUUCCGCAGUCUUCGCGAUCCUUUUCCUCUGAGCAGCCCACCUCUUCUUCCCCCUCUCUCCCUUCGUCCUCGACUUGCGCCUCCCAUGUAGCUCCCUUUCCUCUUCUGUUUGCCUCGACUGCGCGUCGCCCGGAGGCCAGAGAAACCCGCAGCGAACAAGGUGUACAGCCACCGGAAACGGAGCACGCAAACGUGAAUCCACGUUGGGCAAAACGGUUUGUGGGAGCAGACAAAAGCGCCCUCGCGUCGGGAUUCGCAGCCGUGGUCACCUGCUGUGUUCUGCAUCCUCUAGACCUCAUCAAGACGCGACUCCAAGUCUCAGCCGUGACGGCGGGCGCGAUUCCAGCGUACGCUUCGUCUGCUCAAGCAGUUCGAGAAAUCUGGAGAGCAGAAGGAAUUCGAGGAUUAUGGAAAGGCGUGUCAGCGACCGCCGCUGCCUCAGGGCUGUCCUGGGGUAUCUUCCGCUAUCUCUUCGACGUCUGGAGACACCAACUCUCAGCGGUCUCGUCCACAUCUCCGCGUUGGUCUCCUUCUCCCAUGUCCGCCGUUCUCGCUUCUUCUUCUUCUCCCUCACCUUUCUCGUCGUCUCUCUCUUCUCCAUCUUCUUCCUGUUCUUCUGUCGCUUCUCCCUCAUUUUCUUCCUCUUUUGUCUCUUCUCCGUCUUCUUCUUCUGUGUCUGUUCCCGACGCUGUUCACAUAGACUCUCGCUUGGGCGAAGGAGUUGCUUCUGCCUCCGCUCUGCAUGCACCGGGCUCGCAGGCCGCCUCUGGAGGAGCAAGGUGGGACUCGGCAGAAAGCCUUUUUUCGUGGAUUUCAGCGAAGGUCAGACGCGGAGAUGCGACGGACGAAGUCGGACCCCACACACGAGAAGAGGCCGAGACUCGGCGAGGAGACAGCGGCGCUGCCUCUGCGUCUGUUGCGUCUUCAGCGACCGGCAAAUCGCCUGACGGGGAAGACUCCAGAAGCCGAGCUGUCCAGACACCCGGGGAGACGGCGAAUAGCUUGCUCGCGGCGACCCGGGGCGACCCGGAGUCGAAUCCUGGAAAUGAAAGACUGUCUUUGCGUGAAGCAGAAACAGACAAUGUCGCGUUUCGUGCGAAUCUUGCUGCGAGUAUCAUCGCCGGAUUCUUCUCGACCCUCAUCACCCAUCCUCUGUGGCUUGUCAAGGCGCGCAUGGAGAUGCAGGCCUACGAAACACUGGGGAGAGAGGGCUGGCCACACUACCGGAACCCCCUCGACUGUCUCCUCAGCAUUCGCCGCGCGGGGGGCGUUCCGGCUCUCUAUGCAGGCUUGGGUCCUGCUGUGAUGCUCGUGCCGCAUGCAGCGGUGCAGAUUCUCGUCUACGAGGAGAUGAAGAAACGCGCGGACAUGAGUGACAGGUAAGUUGUGUGUGGCGAACGGCCUCCACACCACGUUCGCUGAACUGCGGAACGUCUGCUGAACGAUUUCUGAGAUACGGUGUUGAACACUGCGGGGAUUAAAGUCGGUUGUUGAACAGGCCCCUUUGGAUUAUGUAGAAGGUGAAGAGGAAGUCGAUUUAUCAAAAUCUGUGAAGGUCUCUUCAGAAGGAAUUCAUAAGCGAUCAAUCGUCGUCGCCUUGCUGUACUUGGAGGAUGCCUCGAAUCCGAUGCAGCGUUAAUACGACUCCCUGUCAAUAGCCAUUUUAGCUUGCCUGGUUGCGGCUGCAUUGCGGUCGUUUCACAUGUCUUCUGCUCACAUUUGGGGGAAGCGGUCUCUCCCACUGAGGCACUCUGCCUCACGUGCGGUAGCAGGCGAACGGAUGCUUUGCUGUGGUUUGUCCUCAAAAACGCAUGUUUCAACUAAGAAACAGUUCUCUUGCUUUCUUCGUAUCCUUCCCAGUUUACUUUCACCAUCUGCGGCAGAACGAAAGAGCUCAUUCUCUCCGGGGCGCGUCGGGGCUGCAGCCACACAAAUAAAGAGAGAACGGUAUAAAGGCCGUUGCAGAUCCCGCGUCAGAUUCUGUACGUGCAUGUUCUCUCAUUCAUACUUAUGUAUGCGGUUCCGCAGGUGCAUCCGCGUUUUCUGCGUUCGCUGAAGUCUUGCUAUAUAGAGAUGUAGUCUGUGUAUUCGCGUCUGUUGCGAGCACGCAGUUCUUUACGUGACGGCGCUUCGUGGGUGGAUGUAUCGGGAAUCCCUGUCCUGGACUUUUGUCUAGGCAUGCAUCUUCCCCAGUCGCCGUUCGAGUCGUUCGUUCAUGGAGAUCCACGCGCUUUUGCGUGUAGCGAUCUCAGAGGGCUCAAGGUGUAAAGACGAAGAACAGGGCUCGCUUUGGAUCUUGACUUCAGCGUAACUGGCUUGUGUGCACCAGAAUGCCUGCGCGAUGACGCGUGCUCUAUCAAGGAAAGCCGCGUGUCUGGGUCGGAUUGGCUCUUUCGCAUGUUUCUCUCCCUUACGUUUUUCUAUUUCGCCUGCAACUGCAGACACCAGGACGACGAGAAAGGUUCCAGCUACGGCAUGAGACCCUUUGUGUGGGGUGCUGUCUCCAAAUGCGUCGCGAUCACGGCGACGUACCCUCUCCAGGUUUUGCGUGCCAGACAGCAAGUUGCAAAUUCGCCGUACUCCGGAAAAAAUUUCCUGCAAAUUUCCUACGUAUGUUGUUCCUCUGUGUAGGACAACUUUUUCUCUUUCAAGCGGGACUUUCCUGUCGUCAUUCCUGC